AACACUGCCUCCGCAGUUGCUACAAGCUCCUUGUCCGCCAUGGCGACCCAUGCAUCAGAAACUCCGACACCACCAACAACCAACGGUGACGCGCGGGGACCCUUGAGCCACUCGAUAGCCGGAAAUAUGUCCGCACCAACGCCCGUUGUGAAUCGCAAGAAGCAAAAGCGUCGGCAGAAACAAGCUGCCCGCUCAGCAGCGGAGCCAUCGGAGACGCAUGCCGCCGAAGAUGCCGCAGAUUUAGCUGACUAUCGACAUUCCUAUUAUGACAACGCGGACCUCGAUAGUACCGACUUCACCCACCCCGAAUCAGAUCUGAUGUUUAAGAACGGAGAGCCUGGCUCUCAGCACGACCUGAGCGGACCACUGAUGUCGAAUUAUCCCGACGACCAUCCGGAUGCACCUGGCCAAAAAUCAAAGAAAAAGAAAAACAAGAAAGGCCGCUCUGGGUCACAUAACCUCGCAGAUGGCAGCUCAACUCCCCUCUCUACUCCCUCCGCUUCAUUUUCUCACCCUCCCCCGCCGCCACACUCUUUACCCUACGGCAAUCGUUACCCUGCCAGAUCGGCUAAGGAAAGCAGCAUCUGGAACCAGUCAUCGUUGGAGGAACGGGAGAACAUCCGGACCUUCUGGUUUGAACUGGGGGAGGAGGAGCGCCGCCAACUCGUCAAGGUGGAGAAGGAUGCUGUUUUGAAGAAGAUGAAGGAACAACAAAAGCAUUCUUGCAGUUGCACCGUCUGUGGCCGAAAGCGAACCGCAAUCGAGGAAGAGUUGGAGGUCCUGUACGAUGCAUACUACGAAGAGCUCGAGCAAUAUGCCAACAACAACCAAGGUUCCUUUGACGAAGGCGCCCCCAUAAUUCCUCCUCCUCGACUGUACCAACCUCCUCUCCGAUCACCUGGUCAACAUACUCGCACGCAUGGACAAUUUCAUCCGUCACGGGGCCGAGUUCAGGAACUGCCCGAGGAUGACGAGGAUGAUUUUGAGGACGAUUAUGACGAUGAAGAAGAGGAUGAUGAAGACGAGGACGAGCUGUACAGUGAUGAGGAGUAUGAGGACGAGGAAGCGCGCGCUGCACGGGCCGAUUUCUUCGCCUUCGGAAAUAGUUUAACCGUCAAAGGUCCGCAGAACAACACUUGUCUUGAUCACUCGUCAAAUGUGGUUUUUACUGACUUUUUUGCUUGCCUAGAUGGUAUCCUUACUGUGGCGGACGAUCUUCUCAAAAAUGAUGGCAAACACUUUAUUGAUAUGAUGGAGCAACUAGCCGAGCGUCGAAUGCAGCGAGAGGAAGAUACACAGUAUAACAUCGCAGCCGCUCAUCAAUCUUUCCAUGCCGGCCAUAACCAUGGUCCUCUUGACGAUGAAGACUACGACGAGGAAGAGGAUGACGACUAUGAUAGCCAGGAGGAGGAGGAUUUUGAUGAGGAUGAGAUGGUUUGUUGCUAUGAGCAAUUUUCUGAACGGGGAAUGGAGACUAACAGCUAUGAUCAGGAUGCUAUGACGGAAGAGCAGCGUAUGCAAGAAGGACGACGAAUGUUCCAGAUAUUUGCUGCUCGAAUGUUCGAACAACGAGUCAUGACGGCAUAUCGAGAAAAGGUCGCCGAGCAGCGGCAAAAGCAGCUGAUAGAGGAACUUUUGGAAGAAGAGAACCGCAACGAGCAGCGGAAUGCCAAGAAGGCCCGAGAAGCACAGAAGAAGAAGGACAAGAAACGCUUGCAGAAGCAAGCGAAGGAAGAGGAGAAGGCUCGUCGUGAUGCGGAGAAAGCGGCAGAGGAAGCUGCUGCUAAGGCUGCACAAGAGAAGAAGCUGGAGGAGCAGCGGGUCAAGCGUGAGGAGCAACGCAAGAAGCGCGAGGCAGAACGCAAGGCCCUGGAAGAGGGUCGUGCUCGCAAGGAAGCUGAGAAGCAACGGCGUGCCAAGGAAGAGCGGGAGCGGCAGGCCGAGGCCGAGCGAAAGCAGCGUGAGCAGAAAGAAGAGAAGAAGCGGCGCGAUGAAGCCAAGCGCAAGGAGAAGGAGGAGCGAGAGAGGAAGACCAAGGAAGAACAAGAGCGCAGAAUGCGGGAAGAGCAGGCAAAGAAGGAUCGCGACACUACUGCUAAAGCAGAGUAUGCGGGAAAGCCUUACAUCCAGACAAUGCCUGUACCGCAGGCUGGCUCGAUCCCUCUUGUACCUGGCCUUCAAACGCAAGCUGUUCCGAUUUCGCUCCAAUCCCCGCACUACGCUGUGGCUACUCCUGUUGCCCCGAAAGCUUCGACUCCCAGCAGGCCACGCCAGCCGUCCCAGCAGGGCUCCCACUCCUCAUCUCCUCACUCGCAAUCAGCAAGCUCGGAUUUCCCCUUCCAGCCCUCGAUUUCCCCCCGCUCUUUAGCUCAGUCGCAAUCGGGAGUGCCAGGACUUGGUCGACCGGUUCAUCACCAACAGCCUCAUUUGCACCACCCCCAACCUUCCGCGCCUCUAUCGCCUUUGGGUCGCAGUCACCCUCCUGGUUUCUCAGCCCUGGGUGGCGUGCCUACCAAUCCGCCAGGUCUACCGGGAAUGGGUGGCCGGCCUCUCCACCCACCCGAUUUGCCAAUGUAUUCUCCGAAUUCGGCGAUGAUGAAUCCUCUCCGUGGUUUUGGUGGUCCUGGAGGAAUCCCUCCCCCCCCGGGAAUCAACGGAGUCCGUCCAAUGCCGCCUGGGCGAGGGUUCCCUCUAUCUGAAACCGGGCAUGGACUACCAUUCCCGGGGCACCAUGGUGUUCCCGGAGCAUUUGCUAUGCAGCAACCUGGUCUAUCGAAGUCUCAUUCAAGACAACCAUCUGGCUCGUUCGAACGCUCUCCACUAGAGUCCGGUGCGCAGCCGUUUCCGAUAUCCCGCCCAAGCCCCAUUAAGCGUCCCCCAAGCACUGCACAGGAUCAGCCGGAGCAUCAUGGCCACAGUCAUCCCUCAGCCCAGCGAGAUGUUGAUGACUUGAGUGCGCAGCUGGGAAGUAGUGCGCUCCUCGAUGACAUGGAUGGUCCGUACUCAUCGAAGCUGUCUCAAUCGUUGCCCGGUGCCCCUGCUCCUGGACCGUAUGCCUCGCCGGCGAGGGCCAGCUUCCAAGGAUCGUUGUUUACGGAGCCUUUAGGAGCCAAGCAUGCGCCUUUUGCAGGUGGUACUAGCUGGGGUGCACCCUUUGGAGGCUCCGCCUUCCCCGGUGCUUCUACCUGGGGAGCAACGACUGGAAGCGGAUGGUCCCACAACGCUUUCGCAGCUGGUGGUCAUCACCGGCCACACACUUCUCGGCCUGUCACCAUACGUUUGCUGGUCAUCCAAGCCUGCAAGCACCUCAACACGAUGAGCCCGAGCCUCGGUUCUGGGGGUUAUCACGAUGUAAACCUGGUCCUGGGCCAGGUGGAGCAGCUGCGGUCUUCUAGUGAGCCAGCAAUCUCCUUAGACGAGAUGCUCGAGAUUUGCGAUACAGAGGGCAGUCCCCAGAAUGGCGGUGGCUCUUUCUCCAUUAAGGAUGAAGGGCAGGGCCAAUCCGUCAAGUUCGAGCCGGACACGAACAGUGCGGUCGCCGGCCAUCGAGGCAGCAUCGUGCCAGGUGAUAUCGGCAGCCCGAUUCCCGGGAAUAGCAACCCGGCUGCCUUUGGCGGAUUCGGUGCACCAGCACCUUCGGUGCUACGACAGUACUCCUCGCCUCCGGCUGGGUUGUACGGGGGGACUUCGUAA